GGAUGAAAAUUCAAAACUUUCACAAAAAAAGAAAAAAAAAAAAAAGAACAUAAUAAAACACAAUAAAUAAAUGUAUAGAUAUGAAAUCUGGCAUUUACAAAAUAUAGAUAAGAGAAAUUGUUAUAAAAAAAAAAUGAAAAAAGCUAUAGAAAAGGUUCUAACAUAUUUUACAAAGAUUACCUAACUAUUUAGAGAUAAUAUUGUACUUUAUUUUUAAGUUUUGAAAGGUGGGUAAGUUAAUUAUCAAAUUGAACACAAAAUUGAAAUUUAAUUGAAAUUAGAGGAAAUUAUUAUAAAACUUUUAAAGUGGGUAAAUUUAUUAGAUCAUUUAAAAAGAAUCUUGAAUCUCAUAAUCUUUUAAAAAGAUAUUAAUAAAAAAGAAAUUAAGUUUGCUAUCUAUUUAAAAAAGAAUUUUCGAUAUAAUAUAAAAAUCAUACAAAAUUAAAGAUAGAUGAAUUAUGAGGUUUUUUCAAAAAUAGAAAAAAUUGAGAAAGUAUAUAUUUCUAUUAGUUUUUAUAAUGCAUUUUUCUAACUAUAUAUAUAUAUAUAUUUAAAAAUUAUAAUAAUAAAGGAGAAAGUGGAUAAUGACCGCCGGGCAGCGGCUGCCCGUGACAAAGAAUCCUACGUACAGUUUCCAACUUUUUCUUCUUCACAAGAAUCACAAUCAAUCUUCGUUUUUUGUCCAAACCCAAAUCCAAAUCCAUGUCCUCCUCCAAGAAAAUCACUCUCAAGAGCUCCGAUGGCGACUAUUUCGAAGUCGACGGGGCCGUUGCCCUCCAAUCUCAGACCAUCCGCCACAUGAUCGAAGACAGUUGCGCCGAUAACGGCAUCCCUCUUCCCAACGUCAACAGCAAAAUUCUAGCCAAAGUCAUCGAGUACUGCCGUAAACACGUUAAUGCUUCCUCCCUCGAUCCCGCCCCCUCCGUAGACGAUCUCAAGACCUGGGACCGUGACUUUGUUAAUGUCGAUCAGGCCACUCUUUUCGAUCUCAUUCUGGCUGCAAAUUAUCUGGACAUCAAGAGCUUGUUAGACCUGACAUGUCAGACUGUAGCUGACAUGAUCAAGGGAAAGACGCCGGAGGAGAUUCGAAAAACCUUCAACAUCAAGAACGACUUCACACCGGAGGAAGAGGAGGAAGUUCGCAGGGAGAAUCAGUGGGCUUUUGAAUGAUUUUAAGUCACAUACUUAAGGAUCUUGAUCAAUAAGUUCUGUACAUGGUAGUAGUACUUUAGUACAUAAUUCUUUUUGGUUCUUUUUGUCGCAUUCACAUUAUUUGUGAAAUCUUUCUGCUUGAACAACCAAAUCAUAAUUGUAUAUACUUAUUUUUCUUUGAUCAA